AAACUUUCUGUCAAAAAAAGACAUAAUUAAAAUUGCACUAUAAAAUGGAAUUAAACAAAUAUUAAAUCAACUAAUUAGCUAAUGAAUAAACUAAUUAAAUGAUUAAUUCACUAUGACCAGCACAGCCAAAAGAUCCUAUUCCCCCACAAUCGACGACAUCCGUCAGUUCAACAUCAAAAGACAGCGAAUCCUCAACGAUUUCGAAGGUCUUUCACUAUCAUCAGCAUCAGCAUCACCAGCAUCAAAACCAAAACCAUCAUCUUCAAAACAUAAAGAAUACAUCCCAGACAUCGAGGAGUUCCUAAUAAAUAACCAGGAUGACCAAGAUAUCCUAGAAUCAUCGAAACAUAUCGAUAUAGAUAAUCAGGAUAGUGCUCAUUGGAUAAUACCAAAUUCAAUAAUCAGUAUACCUGGUGUUGACUCAAAACAAGUUGAAUUUAGUUAUGAUCGGUUAAAGAGUCGUAAGUUGUUUGAGAAUAGGUAUAAUAUAAAGAAUCAUGAUCAGUAUAUCACGAAUGAUGAGAUUUUAUAUGAUUAUGAGAUAUUGAGGUAUUGGAGUUUGAUGAAAUAUAUAAAGUCUCCAUCGUUAUACAUUUAUGAACAUUGGAAACAUUGGUAUUUUAAUGAUUGUGUGACCCAUUUGAAACACGAUGAUAGGAUUGAAAUGUUGCCUGAUGAUUAUUCUGGUGAGAUUGACCUGACUAAUGAAAUCCAAGAUUAUGAUAAUGAUUUAAUGAUUGAUGAUGAUGAUCAAAAUAGUACAAGUUAUAAUGCAAACCCAUCACUCACGGAUGAAAUGGAUAUAGAUUAA